AUGCCAGAACUAUACUGUCCUAUACCGCCCAAGGACAAGGACAUAUACCGCUUCCGGCAGCAAUUUGGAGCGAGUCUGGGAUCUGUCUUUGUACUCGGUCCGCGCAAUACUGCUGGCGAGUCAAAUGAACUACAGCUACUCAAAACAUCCAUAGCAUCCACCGGACUCGAGCAAACCAAACAGAAAUGGGAAUCCCACUGGCACUCCGCAUUGACCGACAAUGACCUUGCCUGGCUCAAAGAUGUAGCGCACUGCCGAACCCUCCGCUUACCAUUGAGCUUCUACUCCCUCGGACCCGUAUUCAGUCGGGGAACAUCCUUCGAAGGGGAUCCAUCAGAAGUGUACCACCAAUGCUGGAGUACCGUGAAGCAUCUCAUCGAAAAAUGCUGGUUCCACGGGAUCGGUAUCCUCAUUGAUUUCCAGGCCAGUGCCAGCGGUGUAAAUCUCUGUGCGAGUGCCAAAGAUCGAACAAUAGCCCGGGACUGCGUCGCUUUCCUUGCCCAAGAAAUAACCUUUCAUUCUAUGUCCGGGGUAGUCGGACUCUCCGUAUCCUCCGGAUGUGAACCCGCCCCAGACAUGUGCGAAUGCUACGACGAAAUCAUCCAAAUAGCCAAUGCCAUUGACGCAUCUCUGCCUGUAUACAUCAACGACAACCAGGCACAAUGUAACAAACGGGUUUUCGAGGGUUGCGAGACCAACAUUCCUCAAUUCAGGAGCGACAUCUCAAAUGGUAAAGUUCAAAUACCUAGUCAAAUGACGCUACCCGAAACAGAAGUCCGAGAGAAAGCCAACCAAGCCAAAGCCGAACGAUCACGAUUCCAGGAGAAGGCUUUGUCGCAAGUCUCGGAGUCUUGGGGCUCGAAUCAACGUCAAAGUUUUGUCCAUGGCUGGAACUUGGGAUACGAUGAUGCGUUGCGAUUCUUUGGCGCUGGUGUUCAAGGCAUUCUGGCACCGCGGAAAGGUGCGGACAAGAUCUAUGAUAUAGAGUUGUGGGUUCAGCAGCGCAAAAGAGAUAUAGACCCGGAGCAGCUGGAGGAGAAUUCAGAGGCAUGGGAGGAUGGUCUUCGGAGAGGGAUUAUUGAUUUCUACGACUUUAUUGGAAUUUGA